CGGAAGCAAAGGGAACAGUAGAUAGAUAUAUAUUUAAAGUAGAACCGGACAUUGAAUGAUGAAACCACUGCUGCGACCGAGGUAAUUUCAAAUCUUAUGAUGAUGAUGAUUAUUAUUAUUACCGCAGCGCCCUGCAAAAGGCGAGAGAUUCGAUUGCCCCGCCCUGCGCGCUGCGCCCGAUCCUGUCCGCGCGCAUCUGCCCGGAGGUUUCCAAAGGGCUGCUGGGCGGAAAGCGCAGCGCCGCCGCCGCCCCAGUAGAACCCCGGCGGGGCAAUCCCGGCUCUUCCAGGGGUUCCCUCUCCCGACGCGCGGCUGCUGUUAUGGGCUUCAUUCCGCCGAGGCUUACUCCCGAGUAAAACCACAAAGGAGAAGCGUGCCUGAUCAGGAUUCUGGACCACCCCCAUCCCAGCCCCGAACUCGCUUUCCUGGAAGCAACCCCCGCUGGGUUCGCUUAGGAUUGCAGACCUUUCCCAAGUGUCCCUUAUUUUAAAGGGACGCCCCUAAUUUAGAGAAGCCGUCCCGGUUUCUGAUUUGAUCCCAGUUAAGAUCAGUGCUUUUUCCACCCCCUAGAAAACGGGGGUGCAGGAACUCCCACCGCCGCUUUUUUGGGACGGACAACCCUAAGUCGUUGAGCUUCUUUGAAAAGGAUGCGAAAGUGGUUGGGCUAUUUUUUAGAGAGCCAUCAAAGUGGUUGGGCCAUUUUUUAGGGAGCUAUCAAAGUGGUUGGGCUAUUUUUUAGGGAGCCAUCAAAGUGGUUGGGCUGUUUUUUAGGGAGCCAUCAAAGUGGUUGGGCUGUUUUUUAGGGAGCCAUCAAAGUGGUUGGGCUAUUUUUUAGGGAGCCAUCAAAGUGGUUGGGAUUUUUUUUAGGGAGUCGCCAAAAACACACAUCGCGUCACGCCUCCCUUAUAGAGCUUCUUUCGGAAGAGAAGAGAAUCGCUGAAAAAAGCGUGCAACGUGUCAACUCCCGAUCCAUCCAAAUCUCCCCACCCAGAAAAUGCGCCGCCCACAGCACCAGGAUGAUUGUGGCCACAGAGAGGGUCUGCCGGAACGCUCAGGAGAGGUGAUGGAACCCUCAGGGCAGGUUCCGGAACAAAGUCCCGGAGUGUUCCUGCUGAAAAAAAAGCCAUGCCUAGGAUGUCCUUAUUUUCAUUGGAGAAAUGUUGGAGGGUAUGGAGUUAUCCAUGGGACAUGGGUGGCGCUGUGGGUUAAACCACUGAGCUGAUCAGAAGGUCGGCAGUUAGAAUCCCCGCGAUGGGGUGAGCUCCUGUUGCUCGGUCCCUGCUCCUGCCAACCUAGCAGUUCAAAAGCACGUCAAAGUGCAAGUAGAUAAAUAGGUACCACUCCGGCGGGAAGGUAAACGGUGUUUCCGUGCGCUGCUCUGGUUCACCAGAAGCGGCUUAGUCAUGCUGGCCACAUGAGCUGGAAGCUGUACGCUGGCUCCCUCAGCCAAUAAAGCAAGAUGAGCGCCGCAACCCCAGAGUCGGUCAUGACUGGACCUAAUGGUCAAGGGUCCCUUUACCUUUAUGGAGUUAUCCGACCCCCUCCAAGCCAUCUGAAGGCAAUCUUGCAUAGGGAAGUGUGUCUUUUUAAAUGUUUAAUUAUGUUUUUACAUAUAUUGGAAGCUGCCCAGAGUGACUGGGGCAACCCAGUAAGAUGUGUGGGGUAUAAAUACAGUGGUACCUCUGCUUACGUACUUAAUUCGUUCCGGAGGUCCGUUCCUAACCUGAAACUGUUCUUAACCUGAAGCACCACUUUAGCUAAUGGGGCCUCCUGCUUCCGCUGUGCCGCCAGAGCACGAUUUCUGUUCUCAUCCUGAACCAAAGUUCUUAACCUGAGGUAAUAUUUCUGGGUUAGCGGAGUCUGUAACCUGAAGCGUAUGUAACCUGAGGUACCACUGUACACACAAGUAAUUCUACUUAUAUUAUCUUUAGCAUAUUUAACUAAACAAUCCUUAAAUUUCUUCCAUUCAUCUUGGUACUCCUCUUUCUGGUCGUGGAUUUUGAUGGAUCUCUCUCUCUUUUCCUGAUUCCCCUUCCUCUAAAGCGGUGGCUUGAAACUUCAUAGAGGCUUUCCUGCCCUGCAGAGAUGAGCGCAGAUAAGGACGGACAGCUUUGCAGGCCUCCGGAUGGGAGAAAGACUGUCCUCGCUGCUGCUGAGGGAAAUGAGAACAAACCGACUGGGCCAAAACCAGUUCCGGAAAGGCAGGUUUGCACCAGCCCCGGCAUUGCAACUCUUACAGACAAUACUAAGCGAUUUAAGCUGAGUAGCAGCCAGGCCACCCAAGAAAGGUAAGUGCUUUCGUUAAUCGCGGAUUACUAGACGGUGACUUAUGUGAGUUUAAAAAUAAAGCUGAGGAUUUGCUUAUGUUUCUGUUUGAUCAAAUCGAUUCGUGUGUUACCGCUUUGGGUAACAUCUAAGCUGCAUUAUUUGUCAUAGUAAAAGGUGGUAAGAUUCAGAGAUGAGAAAUACACAUAUCCGUUCCCUUUGCCAGCUGCCCCUACACACACACACACUGAGGAACAUUUCGAAUAGUUCACAUACAAGCUUUGUAGUUGAAUUCCUUCCCCUCCUCUCUGUAAAAUGCCGGUGCAGAGAGAAUAAAGUCCCGUUUGUCUGACUGGCUCCCACAAACACACAUGCACUUCAUAAAUAGCGAAACUGCAAAUAAUCUUGAUCAUUUGAUUUCUGGUUGUGUUGCACCCAGCAAGAGUAAAUUCUGCUUUGUGUAUGAUCAGUUUCCUAUUUUUAAAAAAUCACUUGUGCGCAUGCCAUCUGUUUUGCUGUGCGUAGGCAAGAUGUGAGACAUUGUUCUGAUGGUCUUUUGUAAUUAAAUUAGCACAUAUGUCAGCCUCAUUACAUACAAUUACAUGGAUGUUCGGGGAAACACAAAUUCCUACACAGGAGUGCUUACUUCACCAUAUAUAAAAUAUUGGGAAGGAGCUACAGUUGUCAGCAUUCCCUAGGAAUAAUAAUUUAUAAUAAUAAUAAUUUAUUAUUUAUACUCCGCCCAUCUGGCUGAGUUUCCCCAGCCACUCUGGGCGGCUUCCAAUCAAGUGUUAAAAACAAUACAGCAUUAAAUAUUUAAAACUUCCCUAAACAGGGCUGCCUUCAGAUGUCUCUUAAAGAUAAGAUAGCUGCUUAUUUCCUUCACAUCUGAAGGGAGGGCGUUCCACAGGGCGGGUGCCACUACCGAAAAGGCCCUCUGCCUGGUUCCCUGUAACCUCACUUCUCGCAAUGAGGGAACCUCCAGAAGGCCCUCGGCGCUGGAUCUCAGUGUCCGGGCUGAACGAUGGGGGUGGAGACACUCCUUCAGGUAUACUGGGCCAAGGCCGUUUAGGGCUUUAAAGGUCAGCACCAACACUUUGAAUUGUGCUUGGAAAUGUACUGGGAGCCAAUGCAGAUCUCUCAGGACUGGUGUUAUGUGGUUCUGGCGGCCACUCCCAGUCACCAGUCUAGCUGCCGCAUUCUGGAUUAAUUGCAGUUUCCGGGUCACCUUCAAAGGUAGCCCCACGUAGAGUGCAUUGCAGUAGUCCAAGCAGGAGAUAACUAGAGCAUGCACCACUCUGGCAAGACAGUCCGCAGGCACGUAGGGUCUCAGCCUGCGUACCAGGUGGAGCUGGUAGACAGCCGCCCUGGACACAGAAUUAACCUGCGACUCCAUGGACAGCUGUGAGUCCAAAGAGAGAUUUGCUGCUAAACCACUGUGCCAAUUGUAGGUCUCUUAGUUAAAUAGGGGUCUCCUAACAACUUUCAGGACAUUUAACAAACUACAGCUCCCAGGAGAGCAGAGCCAUUAAAAGUGGUAUGAUAAUGUCUUUAAAUAUGCCAUGCAGAUGCAGCCAUUUUUCCCUUGACUGUUGAUUAACUUUCAAGGAGAGAUGAUGCAAAGAUGUUUUGUAGGCACAGAGAGAAUGUGAACAUUUGAGGUGGGAAAAUUGCUAGGAUAAUUAAUUAAAAAAUAUGGGGUGAAUGGAGGUUUGGUUUCUAAAAUACUGAGAUUAUUGGCUGGGCACUUUCUGUAAAAAUGUGAUCAGCACGCUUAUCGUGCAAGGACAAUUCUCAUGCAGCUGGGAUUGGUUGCAGAUCCCUCUUGGGUUUAUGCUCAAUGGCAAGCUUGGGUUUUCUGCUCUGUAACUUGCGAAGAAACAGCUCUUCCUGGAAUAUUGAAGAUGCCCAUUUUCUUUGCUUCAGGAAGCAAACUUUUACCACUUGUAGUUAGUGAGUUAAUUUUGCAUAUGCCGAAAGAUAAGAGAAACGGGAAUAUAUGUGAAAAACAAGCCCACAUUAAUUACGGUUUACAUUGUCUGGUUUUGGACUUUAAGGGGCUGAUACAAAUGAGUACUGAUUUCAUUAUAAGAAUAUUGCAGACUAAAUGCUGUGUCUACAUCUGGGAGUUAAGACCACAUGCAAGUUCAGUUAAUUAUGUGAAAUGAUGAUCUUCAAAUUAGGCUUGCUCGAUCCAUUAUUCAGACACCCCAUCCAAUGUUGCUUCAUGUCUCAUUUGGACUAUUUGAACUGUGUAAGAGUGAAUAAGCUUUUAAGCCUCACAGAGGCUUUUCAUAUAUUUUUCUCAUAGCCCUGGGAUGUCACAGCCAAUGGCGAGGAAGGCAACUGGUCCUUCCGUUACCGCAGAAGAGAAGCGGAAAAAAAGUAUUUUUGGUAUACAGUUUUCUAAAAACAAAAAGGAAAAAUGCACUCCUCAUGACAAAAUGUCUUCCGUAAGUUCAAGCAUGAGCUACAAAGGGAGCCCUGCGUUGACCGUCAAAGAAGAUGGCGGCAAUUGUACAAAGAGGACCCAGACAGAGGUCUCAAAAGUAUCUCGACCCCACCAAGAUAAUUCUCACAAAAGUAAAGAAAACCUGCCUGCCUCGCUCAUCACUUCCCCAAUGGAAUCGUCUGUAGACUAGUGAGUUUUUGUCAUUAAAGUUUUGCUGAAGAAGCCUUUUCAGACCUGUGAUUUGACUUUACCAUAUUUUUCCAGAUGCUAAAUAGGUAAUAGAAGUUAUUUUAUUGGAAGAAUGGGCAAGUUUCCAUGUGCGAUAGGUUCGUUCUUCAGACAAAUGCAAAACGUGGUCCUUGCAAACUGUGUUUUGCGAAUAGAAAGUUUGCUUGGAAAAACAUGGGCUUUUCCCUUCCUUUUCUAGCACAAAUCUUCUCUUUUGCAUGGUCUGCCUUAACUACCCUUUGAUAUUUACUUCUGCACCAGCACUAACCAUGGUUAAGGCUAACCCGGUUGCUGCUUUAAUCUAGAAUUGCUAGGCCAUUUCAAGCUUUGCUUUCAAAUCCUGAUCACAAUUUCAACCUCAGUUUACCUGUUCUUUCAAAGUGUUUCUUUGUAUUGGGGGACCAAUGGGUAAACCCAUUUAUUUUCAGCAAAUCUUCCUGUUUGGUGUGUUGAUACUGAUUUCACCUUGCAAUCACCAUGGUAAGUAUUCUGGUGCCUGUAGAAAAUAAGUAACUGCAGGAUAAAGAACCCAACCUGAAAUUCUGAUUUGAUCCUUUGUUUGGGAAACAAGACGUUCUGAUUACCCAGCCUCUCUUUCUAGGCCAAAUCUUACAAGCCUAUGUACAAAACCUCUCAAAUAUUCCUAGUAAAAGAUAAAGUAGUAUAUUAAAAUGUAAAACAACUAAAAGGGGGCUUAAGUAUUUUCCAUUGUUUGGUGGCCAAUAUUACCGCAGAGGUUAGAAAUCUGAUGUAACGAAAACUUCUGCCCAUGUAGAAUCCAGUUGGGCAUUUGAGAUGCUAAAUAGGUACUGCUGCUGCAGGAAAGUAAACGGCGUUUCCGUGCGCUGCUCUGGUUUCACCAGAGGCGGCUUAGUCAUGCUGGCCACAUGACCCGGAAAAACUGUCUGAGGACAAAUGCCGGCUCCCUUGGCCAGUAAAGCGAGAUGAGCGCCGCAACCCCAGAGCCGUUCGUGACUGGACUGAACUGUCAGGGGUCCUUUACCUUUACCUUUAGGUGAAUAGCAAACAGAGUAACCAUUUGAGCAGAAGCAGUUCAAGUAUAGACUUGUCCAGUCACAAAAACAAUAGCAAGUUUCCUCAUACCCCCAAACGGAUUGUUAAUACCCCUCACUGAAGAAAUGUACAAAAAUUAAGCUUCACCCCCUAAAAUGGCACAACCUAGUACCUCAGGCAGAACAAUUGGCACCUUUUUAGAGCAACGUUGUACUCAUUUCGCUUCCAGGGUGUGGAAAGACCAAGGGGUCGAGCCCUAUGUGCAGGAAGCUGGCGAAAAGCAAGCUGGUGUAAGUUAAAGUCAGCAUAAAGUUACACAACUCUAGUUCCAUUCAGCAGUGGAGCUGCUGCUUGUCUGCCUACACCUGGCAGAAAGGGAAACAAGCCUUUAAAAUACAGUGGUACCUUGGUUCUCAAACUUAAUCCAUUCCAGAAGUCCGUUCCAAAACCAAAGCGUUCCAAAACCGAGGUGCGCUUUCCCAUAGAAUGUAAUGCAAAAUGGAUUAAUCCGUUCCAGAUUUUUAAAAAUAACCCUUAAAACAUUAAUUUUACUAUUUUAACGAGGCCAUUGAUCCAUAAAAUGAAAGCAAUAAACAAUGUACUGCAGUCACACAAUCAAUUAGUAGCUGAACUGGGUUCCACACAGUCACAAAAACAAAACAAAAAUGCCGCAAAAACGCAAAAUAAGUAGCAAAAGCAGACAGACCUCAGCGUAACACUCAAAACAGAAGUGUGGCACUCAAGUCAGAAGCAUAACAUUCAAAACAGAGUAUGUUCAGCUUCCGAAAAAAGUUCACAAACCAGAACAUUUACUUCUGGGUUUGCAAUGUUUGGGUUCCAAGUUGUUUGAGUACCAAGGCGUUUGAGAAACAAGAUACCACUGUACCGCAUUGCUGGCUUAAUUUAUGCUAGGUUGCCAGGACAUAUGACUGAGUUUGAACGGGUUUGGGAUCCAACCUAAGUCCCCUCUCUCUUUAAGAUCCACUGAACUUGGCUCAGCAAGGAUGGGGGAGAUGCUCUGUAGUUACAGCUGAGCCGAGGAUGGGAAAUGGAGAUCCGCUGGAUCCAUUCAUCCCAACAGAUCUAGCUCCCAUGGAAAUUGCCCCCGUACUUGGCAGCUUGUUCAGGGCUUUUAAACAAAUCAGAUGAGGCGAACAAAAUUCUGACAAAAGCAUACAGUGUUUCCAACUGUCCAAGCCUUCUUUCGUUGAAAGGAGAGGUGUCAUUUUAGAGGCCGAGGCUGUUGGACAAAUAAGCCAAAUACCAGGACCUAAAAGCUACCUUUGUUUUUCAAGUCUCUGUCCGUCACGGAUUGCUGUCUUCUCCUGCCCAGUAGGAUGACUUAGCAUGCAUUUUGAUGGCGAUGGUGUACCUGCUCCUCCAGCUUCCUUGCUGUUUGCUCCCCCGGCCACAGUAAGUACUUCUGAGAUUAAUUUUUGGGUCAGAUUCCUUCGAUAGCAACCUCUUUCUGGUGUUGGGACACUCUCCUUCAGAACAGCCACCACCUGAAUUAGCCAAACUAUCGGGUUGGAUCCAGAGUCGCAGAAGCAAAAGAAAAUCCCGCGGUGGCUUGAUUCUCUGGAGUGUUGCACAAGCACCAGGAGCUACAAAUUCCAGAUGGGCUUAGCACAAGUAUAGACCAGAGCUUGCGGAAGCUAGUGGAUGCACAUUGUUGUUGUUGUUUAGUUGUUUAGUUGUGUCCGACUCUUCGUGACCCCAUGGACCAGAGCACGCCAGGCACUCCUGUCUUCCACUGCCUCCCGCAGUUUGGUCAAACUCAUGCUGGUAGCUUCAAGAACACUAUCCCACCAUCUCGUCCUCUGUCGUCCCCUUCUCCUUGUGCCCUCCAUCUUUCCCAACAUCAGGGUCUUUUCCAGACAGUCUUCUCUUCUCAUGAGGUGGCCAAAGUAUUGGAGCCUCAGCUUCAGGAUCUGUCCUUCCAGUGAGCACUCAGGGCUGAUUUCCUUAAGAAUGGAGAGGUUAGAUCUUCUUGCAGUCCGUGGGACUCUCAAGAGUCUCCUCCAGCACCAUAAUUCAAAAGCAUCAAUUCUUCGGCGAUCGGCCUUCUUUAUGGUCCAGCUCUCGCUUCCAUUCAUUACUACUGGGAAAACUGUAGCUUUAACUAUACGGAUGUACAUUGCUAGUUCUCUUUUCUUGUGUUAAGUUGGAAAAACUCUUUCUGCUCACAGAAAAGGGCUCCUGGAAGAUCCGCUCUGGAUCUAACCCAGGCUUCCUCAACCUUGGCCCUCCAGAUGUUUUGAGACUACAGUUCCCAUCAUCCCUGACCACUGGUCCUGCUAGCUAGGGAUCAUGGGAGUUGUAGGCCAAAAACAUCUGGAGGGCUAAGGUUGAGGAAGCCUGAUCUAUUGUAUUUCUUCUUAAUUUAUAUCCCACUUUUAUUUAUUUUAUUCCAUUCCAUCGCAACUAUUCAACCUCCCAAAUUUUCAACACCUCUUGCGACGGUUUGACCCCUUUCCAUUUUAACAGUACAUAUUCUACAAACACACCUUCCAUAUCUCCUGAGAAUUAUUUCUCCUGCGUAUUCCCAGUCUUACCUCAAUGGCUCAUGUUAAUUUAUCAUUAAUAGCUGCAGUGAGGGGGGAAAGUAUUUGUUCCCCUGCUAAAUUUGCCCGCUUGCCCCCUGACGAAGACAGGGGAUCAAAUACUUAUUUCACUCAUUAUAACGGACAUCAAUCUCUGACUUUUGUCUUCUGGGUUUCCAGGUUUUUUUCUGUUGUUAUUCUGACUCUCACAGCUACAAUAAACCUACCAUUAAAAUUAUGGACUGGUCAUUUCUUCGUCAGAGGGCAAACAGGCAAAUUUAGCAGGGGAUCAAAUUCAACAACCUUGCCUAAAAUAGCUCAACAACUUAUGUGUCCGAAUUUUCACUUUUUGAAAUAUGGCAGCUCUAACUAUUGUCUCCAAUUUCAAUUUCAAUUCAGCCACCUAAAAGCCUGAAUAAACAUGAAUGUUUUUGAAUUCCUCCUGAAAGUUAAUAAUGGUGGAGACAGAUGUGGGGGACAUUUCGCAACUUUAGGCGGGUACCUGAGUCUCUUGGGAUGCGGGCCAUAAUGUGUCCUAGAUGUGAUGCCCUUGAUGUGAUGUAACCUUAUGCUGAUCGUCUUCAAAUUAAGCCCCAUAUGAAUUCAGAAGGAUGUUACUCCCAAGUAUCUGAACACAAGAUUGCUGUUUUACAUGUGUGGGUUUGUUUUUUGUUUUAAUGUAGCAGAAGCUUUGUUAGACUGCUUUUUGAAUAUAAUGUGAUUUUUUUAUUUCCCUUCUUUUAUGAUUCCAAAGGUUUUGCCAUCACCAACAAAAUGCAUUCUAAAUCUGGGAGGCAACAAUCCGAUACUGUUAGAGAUCUUAAGAUCUUAAGAAAAGGUGUGUCUUCAUUAUUACUUGCUUUUGACUUUUUUUGGAGUAUUUGCAACUUUUAAAGUUUUUUCUUUUUUACUGUUACUCAAAUGAAUGUACAGUUGAAGCCCAUUUGGUUGACUCCAACCAAGUCAUUGUGUGAGCAGGUAGAAUCCCAUGAGCACUGAGGUCCAGCUCCGAGGGCCUUCUGGCAGUUCCCUCACUGCGAGAAGCGAGGGAACGGGGAACAUUUUCCACCCUGUGGAACGCCCUCCCAUCAAUUGUCAAGGAAAUAAGUAAUUAUGUAAACUUUAGAAGACAUCUGAAGGCAGCCCUGUACAGUCAUACCUUGGUUCUCGAAUGGCUUAGUUGAUGAACAAAUUGGCUCCCAAACGCCGCAAACCCGGAAGUAAGUUUGCGAAUGUUUUUCAGAAGCCGAAGGUCCGACGCAGCUUCCGUUUGACUGCAGGAAGCUCCUGCACCAACUGGAAGCUGCGCCUUGGUUUUCAAACAGUUUUGGGAGUCGAACGGACUCCCAGAAUGGAUUCAUUUCAAGAACCAAGGUACGACUGUAUAGGGAAGCUGCGCAGGGUGGCUUGGGCUAACAAAAUUAUUAAGGAAACUUCUUUUUUGCUCCUGACUCUCCACACCCAGAUCUGCUCCAGAGGCUUGAAGGAGCAGAGAUUGUCUUCUUCUUUUUUGCGGAACGACACUCAGGGGGAGGAUGAGAGGGGAGGUAGAGUUCUGUUGUGCUUGCAGAUAUUGUCCUGCUCAUACGAUGACUUCGUUGGAUACAACCCACAAUCGCCGAAAACAACCUUGUUUCUUAUUAAUAGCUAUUUACUCCAGGAAUGGGAAAUCUUUCUCAGCCCGAGGUUGACACUGGCUUUUAGGGAGUCUCCUGGGGGCAGUAUGAUAGCGGUGGGCGGGGCCAGAACCAAAAGUGGGCGGAGCAACAGGUGCAACUCUACACUUUAGCCAAAAGGCUGCAUUCCACCCACACAAAAUCCAGGGUUUUCUAUACUGUACUUGCCUCUCCUCAUUUAUGCAACCCAGAGCCAUGAUCAUAAUUCUAGAAUGGUGGUGCCAAGGGCCAAUUAGUGAGGUCUUAAAGGCCACAUCCUGUCCCUGGGCCGAAGGUUCCCCACUCCGGAGUUAACUCAAAGAAAUGUCUACGGAUUAGCCCUUUGCCGUUAUGUGAAGUGUGUAUUGAUGUUGUUGCAGCGAAGAGGACAUGUACCGUGAUGCGGAAGAAAUAGAGAGAGAGAAAGUAUUGCUUGUGUGUGGGACAGGCUCCUCAGGUACAUUUCAGCGCUACGCAUAUAGAGCAUGAUAUAUUAGUUGAAUUCUGUGUAAAGUAGAAGUCAGCAGCCUCUCGGUGAGCGUUGCCCUCAGGGGAGCUGCCUGCCACCUGCCAACCCCAGAGGAAAUCACAGAACCUAUAGCAUCAGGACUUGGGGGGCAGUGGGACCGGAGCCUUGACUGCCCCCACCUUAACGCCUUGCAGCAAAAUGAGUUGUAAAGUUUCACCCCAAACACAACCUCAUUCCCAGCGGUAGUCUAUUGCUGCCUCCUAGAGUAGGAUUGGGUGAUAUAUCAAUAUAUCACCCAGUACCGGUUUGAACGUCUAUAUCGUGAUACAGUGGAACCUCGGUUUUCGAGCGUCUCGGAAGCCGAACGAUUCGGAACCCGAACGCUGAAAACCCGGAAGUGAAUGGUUCCAUUUUCGAACACGCCUCAGAAGUCGAACGGCUUCUGAGGCAAGUUUCUCCAUAUUCUCCAUUGAAAUUGCCAACCACCCGUUGCGCCUCAGUUGUUGAACUUUUCGGAAGUCGAACGGUCUUCUGGAAUGGGUUACAUUCGACCACGGAGGUUCCACUGUAUCGGUUUCAUAGCUUUUGAUCUGGCAAUAUAUUGCAAAUCAUGAUGUGUGUUAGGGCUGGGCGAUAUUUCAUCUAAAAUCGGUUUGAAGUCUGUAUCAUGAUAUUGGUUUCAUGAUUUUUGACCUGCCAAUCUAUUACAAAUCAUGGUGUGUGAGUGUGCGCGCACGCUAUGCAAAAAUCACAAUGUGGGAAAACUGUGAAUCCAGCCUCUGCAUAGCUCCAUCCUUUUUUCAGACUUUGUGAUAUAUCACUAUAUAUUGCAAUGUUUAGUUGCUGAUUCAGGCGGAUAGCCGUGUUGACCUGUCAUAGUCAUAAUAAAUAACAAGAUGAAAGAUGAAAAAAUCAUUUUUAAUAAUUCCAGUGGCACCUUAAAGAUCAACUAUGGGAUGGUUAUAGAAGAUAUGUUCAAAAAUACAAUAAUAGUUUUCACUCCGUGCUAGCAUUCGAGUGAUAAAGGAACUAAAAGGAGGUGGACAACAAUUAAGGAUUUAUUAUGUUUUCAGAAUGUAUUGGAAAAAUUAUAUAGAAAGGUUUAUUGUUUUGUGUACAUUCAAAUGCAAGUUAAAAUAUAUGCAAAGGGACUUGACAGGAAGUCAAAGUUGAAGAAAAUAUUUUGGAAGAUAAAAAGGGAAAAAAUAUUUACUUUCAUUAUUAUCAUUUUGUGUGGGUGUCUGCACAUAUGUUUGUUUUUGUAUGCAAUGUUUGGGAGGAAAUAAGACGGUAAAUAACAAAUAACAAACUAAAUAUUGAUGUAUGUAAUUUUUAUUUCUUAAUUAUAUUUAGUGGUAGUAUGAAAAAAAUAUAAAUAAAUAAAAGCUUUCAAGGUAUGAGCUUUCAUAUGUAAUACACACUUCCUCUCCUCUGAUUAAGUGUGUAUUACAUACGAAAGCUCAUACCUUGAAAGCUUUAUAUUUAGUUGAUCUUUAAGGUGCCACUGGAAUUAUUUAAAAAGAUUUCUUCAUCUUUCAUCUUGUUAUUUAUUAUGAUAAUGUUUCGCUGGUGAUACAUCACGAUGUUGAAAACCAGGUAUCGCAGAAAGACUGCGAUUAGCCUUUCCACGCAAUUCCAACAAAGCGAGGUAUGUAAAGCCAGGCUUUGCGUUGGAGGAAGCAAAUAUUAGACCAGAAUAAUCCUACAAGGGACAAGAGCAGUGUGGGUGGGCAGUCCUUCAUCUCUACUUCAACCAUUUAUUUUCAAGGAAGAUUUCCCUGCAGGUCUUGCCCCGCAACCCAGUAGUCCUGCACACACCUGUGAGUGCCUUUUGCUCGUCAGAAAUAAGCGUGAGCUCUUUAGAGAAGACUUGAUUAAAUGUCAAAACGGAAUAGAUUGAAGAAGUUUAAGUAGUUUGUACCGAAGCUGAUAAGCUUCCUGAGUGUCCUUCACCCAGUUUCAGGGGUCUUGCAGCCAAAGAGGCCUGCAAUUUCCACAAAUGUAAAUACAGAUUGGCUUUUUUUUUUGUAAUGCAGACAAGAACUGUGCUUCUUUUGACUUUCCCCCACUAAAAUGGAUUCUCUUUUCCUAAUUGCAAUUCAGAUUUUCCAGAAAAUAAGCUAAGUGUUGAACCAGAAGUCGGCAUCAUGGAUUAUUGUCAAAAAGAAUGGAGAGGAACCACCUCGCAGGCCAAAUGUAUAAGGAAGGUCUGAUCUCAUUUUCUUGCAAUAGUCCAUAGGCUUGUGUACAACAAAAUCCUACCUGGUAGUGGGUGGAUUUGAUUUAAAAUCACUAAGUCAGUAAGACUUGAUUUAAAUCAUCUUUUUACAGAAAGACUCAUUCUUGCUGGUAUAACCUUAAUAUUUACAACCAGAUGAGGGUUUCGUUUUUGGAAUAAUAAAUUUUCAGAGUAGUUUUUACAGUUAUAUCAGAAAUUACUGCUUUGGUUAUACAGUGGUACCUCAGGUUACAUACGCUUCAGGUUACAGACUCUGCUAACCCAGAAAUAGUACCUCGGGUUAAGAACUUUGCUUCAGGAUGAGAACAGAAAUCGUGCGGUGGCGGCGCAGCAGCAGUGGAAGGCCCUAUUAGCUAAAGUGGUGCUUCAGGUUAAGAACAGUUUCAGAAGUACGGACCUCCAGAACGAAUUAAGGUCUUAACCCGAGGUACCACUGUACUGUUAGAAAUACAUAGACAAGUAAUUAUGAAAUUAAUGUGAGGUUUAAUAAGUUAACUGUUUAUAUUUGGACAACUUUUCUGCUGUACUUUAUUGGAAGGAGAAAAACAAUCAUUUCCUUAAUAACAAUUUAAACAACUUAUUUAACUAAAACAAUAACAUUAUAGCAUAUGUAUCCAUGUUUGUUAACUGCUGCAGUUAAAUAAAAAAAAAACUUAGACUGAGUUUUAGCACACAUGAAAAACUUAAAACAAAUCCUUAUUUCCUGACGAAUAGCCUUUGGACUAUAAUGUAACUUAAAUAGAAAACUAUCUUUAGAAAUAUUUUUCCUCCAAAAGCAUUUUAUCUUAAAAAUCUGAUUUUAAUUUAAAAAAAUUAAAAUCUGUUUUUUGUUUUGUUUGUUUUUUAAAUCAUUGAUUUUUUUAUCCACCCUGCCUGGAAGUAGACUCACUGACUACCGCAGAUGUAAAUUAGUUAUAACUAAAGCCUAUUGAUUUUGAUGGCCUACUCAAAGUAUGGUUUGGUUGGCUACAACUCAUAUCUUUUUAAAAUAAGUAAAUAAAUGGAUACUGUAUAUCCUUUAGGUGUUGUAUUUCACCUAAAUAUCCAAUACCUAGACACUGAUGUUUAGAAUAGUUUCAUUCUGUAUAUUUUUAUUUGAAAUAUUUAUAGGUUGCCUUUCUGAGCAGAAUUCUCAAGGCUACUUACUCAAAUAAUAGCUACUACCACGUGAACAGUAAAAAUUUCCAAUUUAAUCACGUUAUUAAUGAAAAGAACAAUAGUACAUAUUGAGCCUGGAAAUGAAGCCACCAGCCAAAAGCUGCACAGUAGUGAGACAGAAUAUAAUCUGGGAGUAAGCUGCUGGAAAAUAAUAAUAAUAAUAAUAAUAAUAAUAAUAAUAAUAAUAAUAAUACCCAACCCAUCUGACUGGGCUGCCCCAACCGUACUGGGCAGCUUCCACAUCAAACAGAUGUCUUCUAAAAGUUGUACAGUUAUUUAUCUCCUUGGCACCUGAAGGGAGGGUGUUCCACAGGGUGGGCACCACUACUGAGAAGGCCCUCUGUCUGGUUCCCCAUAUCUUCACUUCUCGCAGUGAGGGAACUGCCAUUCUUCAAGGCUUUUCUGAAAAUCUUAAGUGCGUUAACUUCAUGGAAGGCAACUAGAAGUGAGUUCCACAGUCCUGUGGUGACAAAUGCCAUCUGCCUCUUGCCCACAAAAUUCACUGAUACUGGUGCUUUGCAAACAAGAAGGGCCUCCAUUAAGAAGCAGGCUGGUUGUUUGCGGAUGCAGGUGGUCCUUCAAAUAAAUCUGACCCAUGCUGUUUUGGGCUUUCCCAUUUGGACGAUAGGGCCAUGAUCUCAAACGCUGGACAAGUUAAGCUCCGGCGCCAAAUUCAAAAGGAAGAACUGGGAGCGCACUUCUUGAAUUUGGCAUCCUUAUCCUCUCCCCCUCUCUGCUUGAAAGAUUAAAGCCAGCAUGUUUCAGUGACCUCAUUCUGAACCAUCAUGUGUUUCUGGGCCAUCUUAAAAGGCAGCCCCAUGUAGAACACAUCGUAGUAGACUGUCUCGCCAGAGUGGUACAUGCUCUGGUUAUCUCCUGCUUGGACUACUGCAAUGCUCUCUACGUGGGGCUACCUUUGAAGGUGACCUGGAAACCACAACUAAUCCAGAAUGCGACAGCUAGACUGGUGACUGGGAGCAGCAGCCGAGACCAUAUAACACUGGUCUUGAAAGACCUACACUGGCUCCCAGUACAUUUCCGAGCACAAUUCAAAGUGUUGCUGCUGACCUUUAAAGCCCUAAAUGGCCUCGGUCCAGUAUACCUGAAGGAGCGUCCCCACCCCCAUCUUUCUGCCCGGACACUGAGGUCCAGCACCGAGGGCCUUCUGGCGGUUCCCUCGCUACGAGAAGCCAAGUUACAGGGAACCAGGCAGAGGGCCUUCUCGGUAGUGGCACCCGCUCUAUGGAACGCCCUCCCACCAGAUGUCAAAGAGAAAAACAACUACCAAACUUUUAGAAGACCUCUAAAGGCAGCCCUGUUUAGGGAAGCUUUUAAUGUUUAAUAGGUUAUUGUAUUUUAGUGUUCCGUUGGAAGCCGCCCAGAGUGGCUGGGGAAACCCAGCCAGAUGGGCGGGGUAUAAAUAAUAGGUAAAGGUAAAGGUACCCCUGCCCGUACGGGCCAGUCUUGACAGACUCUAGGGUUGUGCGCUCAUCUCACUCUAGAGGCCAGGAGCCAGCGCUGUCCGCAGACACUUCCGGGUCACGUGGCCAGCGUGACGAAGCUGCUCCGGUGAACCGGCACCAGAGCAGCACACGGAAACGCCGUUUACCUUCCCGCUAGUAAGCGGUCCCUAUUUAUCUACUUGCAUCCGGGGGUGCUUUCGAACUGCUAGGUUGGCAGGCGCUGGGACUGAGCAACGGGAGCGCACCCCGCCACGGGGAUUCGAACCACCGACCAUGCGAUUGGCAAGUCCUUAUUAUUAUUAUUAUUAUUAUUAUUGCUGUUGUUGCUAUAGUAGUAGUAGUCAAGCCUAAAUGCAACGAGGGCAUGGGUUACUGUGGCCUGAUCUCUCCAGAUAGAGUCACAGUAUGUGCUUCGUCAUCUGAGGGACUGCAACCCCAUUGAGAUUUCAAAUUCUUGAGUGAUGCUUCUAUAAAUCAGGCCUCAUAUUGGGCUCCUGCACGUGAAGCUUUUGAUUUAUUUAUUUUGUUUGGGUGUGCGCAUCUAAUAGUAGUUUUUUGUUCUUCGCACAGGGCUACGAAGCAGUUUCACAGAAAUUUAUUUCGAUAAGGAGAGUGCGAGGGGAUAACUAUUGCGCCGUUAGAGCGACGCUGUUUCAAGCCCUUAGCCAAGCUGUUCAGCUUCCUGACUGGCUGAAGAGAGAGGACAUGAUGUUGGUAGGUCGCCAACUUCCAGCACAUCUCUUGAUAGAACAAAACGAUGGUAGCUUUUGCUUAGCAAGUAUUUGUAUAGGCUUGUUCGCCUGCCACAAAUUAUUUUUUAACUAAUACCUGUGCAUUCAGAGGAGAAAACACAAAAGCAAAAGGCACACGACACAAGUUUUCUUUCUCAUUGUGCAGUAUUCUAAAGUACCCAUUCUGGUCAAAGAAACUCUGGCCAGCAGGAAUUAGAUGCCCUGAUUAAAUAAAAACAUAUCACUAGAUAAUGAGUUGCCUUGUCGAAUUUCUGGUAAAGAUUAACUUUUAUCUUCUGAAAAUUGUAGCUCCCGGAGAAACUGAUGGAGAAAUACGGCUGGAUCGCGCAAUGGCAGCUGAGGCAAAAAUGGACCAGCAAAGCUGAAAACUUGGUGGAUGAAAUUAAAGACUGUUUAAUGCUACUAAAAAGCAAGGUUUGACAAAUUGUGCAUUCUUAGCUCACCUUACUGUCAAUUCCACAUUUCUAACUAUUGAAAACAAGCAAUUGGGAGACUGGAAUUAGCUGGGGACUAGAAGGCCGUCCAAUGAUCAAGGCGGCAAUUUCUGCACAUGCUGUAGAGGGAAGGACAGACAUGGCCAAACCUGGCCCUCCAGAUGUUUUCGGACUACAACUCCCAUCAUCCCUAACUAACAGGACCAGUGGUCAGGGAUGAUGGGAAUUGUAGUCCCAAAACAUCUGGAGUGCCUCUGCCUCUGCCUUGUGUGAUAUCUUCCGGAGAAGAGAAGGCUAAGGAGUAAACCUUACACCAGCCUUUCUCAACCUGUGGGUCCCCAGAUGUUGUUGAACUACAACUCCCAACACCCCUAGCUAGCAAGGCCAGAGCUCAGGGAUGAUGGGAGUCGUAGUCCAACAGCAUCUGGUGACCCACAGGUUGAGAAAGGCUGCCUUACACAAAGCCAGAGUGGAGUCCCUAAGAUGGCUGGAUGGCGCCUUGUUUUUGUGUUUUAUUAUUAUUAUUACUCCAGCAUCUCGUGCAGCCAAGCUGGUGCCAAACGUAUUGUUCUGCUUUCCUUUGGACCACAUCAGCAAGGCCGAGAGGCGUGGGGCAGUUUUGUUGCCUGGGCAGCCCAGGACCUCCAUACACACUGCCCAGGUUUGAGCCCCGGGGAGAUCUCGCAGCAGUUUGGCUUCCCCGGCGGAGACACACUCUGUUGUCUCUUUGAUUAAAACAACAGACGGCAGUUUUAAUCACACCACUUCAGCAAGAAUCAGUCCACACACUCAAACAGAUUUUUCUGUGGAAAUUACCCUUCUAGAUCCUUUCCGGUGUUCACAUGUUUGAUGCGGGGAACAGAUCAUUCUGGUCCGUGUUGGUACAAUAUUUAUUGUAAUUCUUGUUACUGGUUGCUGUUUAAUAGAUAUUUUGCUCAUUUAUGCUAUGUUGGUGCAAUGUUAAAAAGGUAAAGGGACCCCUGACCAUUAGGCCCAGUCGUGGCCGACUCUGGGGUUGCAGUGCUCAUCUCGGUUUAUUGGCCGAGGGAGCCAGUGUACAGCUUCCGGGUCAUGUGGUUAGCAUGACUAAGCCGCUUCUGGAGAACCAGAGCAGCGCACAGAAACACCGUUUACCUUCCCGCCGGAGCGGUACCUAUUUAUCUACUUGCACUUUGACGUGCUUUCGAAUUGCUAGGUUGGCAGGAGCAGGGACCGAGCAAAGGGAGCUCACCCUGUCACGGGGAUUCGAACCGCCGACCUUCUGAUCAGCAAGUCCUAGGCUCUGUGGCUUAACCCACAGCAAUGUUAGUUAUUAUCUUUUGUGGCACUUUCUUUAUGAAUUUGAUCUGCUCAGUCUAGUGCUUUAGUUUAUUUCGGCUGAAAUUUAAUUUCAUGUAGCUAUUACUGCACGUGGUUUGGCACUCGGACUUGUUUGUGGAAGCGUGGCGUGCAGUUAUGAAAUCAAGGUUUUGAAAUUAAGCCCUUGUCUUUUAACUCACCAAUCAAUCAAAUAAUCUCAGUUUUAAAUGUUUAUAGAUUACCAACACCACACAGUAUAGAUACUCUUAUGAGAUGCUAGCAGCACUUUGCUACUUGGCAUUGCUUGUGAAUUCUAAGAAGCCUCAAAAUCAUGGCAGUUUUGGAAGGUUCAUCCUUCCCUCUUGAUUCAAAAUGGUGUUCAGUCGUUUCCAAGUAUAGAGAAGAUCUAUAGCUCCUUGAUCUUCAGAACUGUCAUCCAAAAUUUAGGAACACUAUCUUAAGAGGUGUCCAAAUGCAUAGUGAAAAACUUUCCAACAUAUUGAGUAGAAGAAUAAAGGAAGUUUGAGAACCUGCAGUUGAAUAGAAGCCCCACUAAUUCUCCCCCCUGUCCCCCAGUAAUCAUUUAUAUUUUCUCUUUCAUUCCCUGCUACACUAAUACAUCACAACCAAAUGAAACCCCCUGGCCUGCAACCUCACCAGUUUAAUGUCGCCCUUUAUGGAUAAAAGGGACGUAGGUGGCGCUGUGGGUUAAACUUGCCGAUCAGAAGGUCGGUGGUUUGAAUCCCUGUGACGGGGUGAGCUCCCGUUGCUAGGUCCCUGCUCCUGCCAACCUAGCGGUCCGAAAGCACGUCAAAGUGCAAGUAGAUAAAUAGGUACCACUCCGGCGAGAAGGUAAAUGGUGUUUCCGUGCGCUGCUCUGGUUCGCCAGAAGUGGCUUUGUCAUGCUGGCCACAUGACCCGGAAGCUGUACGCCAGCUCCCUCGGCCUGUAAAGUGAGAUGAGCGCUGCAACCCCAGAGUCAUCAACGACUGGACCUAACGGUCAGGGGUCCCUUUACCUUUACCUUUAUGGAUAAAAGCUUUCACUGAUGGUUUUAGAGAUCUGAAUCCAAGCUGUCCAGAAGGGAUGCUGUAUGCAUUCUUUAGCGUUGUUUGCACUGGACUUUUAUUUCCUGCUGUUAUUCUUGCAUUCCAUUCAUUCGUGUGUUUGCCUUUACAGUGGAAACGUAUGAGUGAAAUGAAGGCCUUCGCUGAGAGGCAAGCGGCUUGCGAUGAGCUUUUUAGAAGUGAGGAGGAUGAAUACAAACUCUACGAAGCUGUGAAAUUUCUCAUGCUCAAUACGGCAAUCCAUUUGUACGAAGACAAUGAGAAGGGGAAGGAGGUCCCCGUUUUUGCCUGGCUUCUCUUUGCCCGGGAUACAUCCAGCAAUCCUUCACAGCUGAUGGAAAACCACUUGAAUCAACUCGGUCACACGGGAGGCCUUGAACAAGUAAGUUCCUCACGUUCAACGGAAACGGGAUCUAACAUUCAUUCCCUGCUGUUCAUUAGGAGCAGGGGAAGCAGAUGUUGAUUUGGUGCAGUCCAGAACUCAACCUGUAUAGGCCCAGGCAGGACCUGCCAAGCAAAGUAGCAGGGAACCUCAAGAGAAUCUCAAGAGAAUUCUCAAGAGAAUGACUUUGAUGUUUCUCCUAAUGCAUAACCGAAAUUUGUGGCCUUGCAAUUUCCUCUCUCCUUUGGGCGUUCUCCUUAAGCAGCGGUUGGCCGGCUAUCGGUCAGGGAUGCUGAAGGUUGCAUCCUGCACUGAGAAGCAGGGAUUGGACCAGAAGACCUCCAAGGUCCUUGCCAGCUACAUGGAUCACUGAAAAAACAAAUCCAGUGCUUAGACUGGCAUUUCCCUCUGAGUAUAUAACUACAGGUGAAACUCAAAAAAUUAGAAUAUCAGAAUAUUCAUCAGCCGUAAUCAUCACAAUUAUAACAAAUUACGCCAUAAUCAUCACAAUUGUAACAAAUAAAGGCUUGACAUAUCUCGCUUUGCAUGUCAUGAGUUUAUCUCAUAUAUUAAAGGUAAAGGGGCCCCUGACCAUUAGGUCCAGUCGUGGCUGACUCUGGGGUUGCAGCGCUCAUCUCGCUUUAUUGGCCGAGGGAGCCAGCGUACAGCUUCUGGGUCAUGUGGCCAGCAUGACUAAGCCGCUUCUGGAGAACCAGAGCAGCGCACAGAAACGCCGUUUACCUUCACACAGGAGUGGUACCUAUUUAUCUACUUGCAUUUUGAUGUGCUUUCGAACUGCUAGGUUGGCAGGAGCAGGGACUGAGCAACGGGAGCUUACCCCAUCAUGGGGAUUCGAACCGCCGACCUUCUGAUCGGCAAGUCCUAGGCUUUGUGGUUUAACCCACAGCGCCACCCGCGUCCCACAUAUAUUAGUUUCACCUUUUAAGUUGAAUUACUGAAAUAAAUGAAUUUUUCCAUGUUAUUCUAAUUUUUUGAGUUUCACCUGUACUCAGCAAGCUGCUACACAAAACAGCAGGGGCCCUGAUCCAACAGAACAUAUGUGCAGCAGCCAACCUGCUCACACCUUGUAUGUGCAAGAGAAGCUGGAAUCUUGCUGAUACGUUGUUUGGCAAAGAAAGAGGAGCAUGGAGCAGAACUGAAUAAAUGCAUAACUGCACACAGUAUUCUCCUGUGCAGCUGAUGGGCUGAAAGCAUGGGCGUAGUCAGGACUUUUGUUGGCGGGGAAGACUCAGUUAGUUAAGUAUUUCAAUUAUUUUACUUGAUCUGUGGGGAGGGGGAGCAGCUGCCCUCCCAUGUCUUCUUCGUCUUUUUAAAAAAUAUAUAUAUUUAUUUGGUUUUUCAAAUUACGGUUUAACAAUCACAUAUCCAACAUACAACAUCAAGUCAAGAUUCCGUAGAAUCUCCUGGACUUCCUUCCUCUCCUUUGUGGGUCCUAUUGUUAAUCAUUUCCUCCUGCAUCUUUCAUAAUAAUCCAAAUCUUUUACAUCUCCAUUAUAUCCAAAAUUCACUAUUAAACUACAAGUGUUAUUUCAACCCUACUAACAAUUUUAACUGUUUACAAUGGUUUUUAAGAUAAAUUAUAAAUUUUCCCCAUUCUUUAUUAAAGUUUUGGGCUCCUGAUUUCUGAUUCUUCCGCUCAUUUUGGCCAUUUCAUCAUCUUUUAACUUGGCCAUGUAGACCAUGGUCCUAUGGACCAGGCUGGGAGUUGUGUUCUCUUUGCUUGUAUCGUUUCCCACCUAGAUUGGGGUGGGUGUCUAGGCCUAUUUCCAGAAUAAAGGUAAAGGUAAAGGGACCCCUGACUAUUAGGUGCAGUCGUGACCGACUCUGGGGUUGCGGCGCUCAUCUCACUUUAUUGGCCGAGGGAGCUGGCGUACAGCUUCCGGGUCAUGUGGCCAGCAUGACUAAGCCACUUCUGGCAAACCAGAGCAGCGCACGGAAAUGCCGUUUACCUUCCCGCCAGAGCGGUACCUAUUUAUCUACUUGCACUUGAUGUGUUUUGAACUGCUAGGUGGGCAGAAGCAGGGACCGAGCAACGGGAGCUCACCCCGUCGCAGGGAUUCGAACCGCCGACCUUCUGAUCGGCAAGUCCUAGGCUUUGUGGUUUAACCCACAGCGCCACCCGCAUCCCAGAAUACAUUUCUAGAAUGCAUUUGGCCAAAUCGGUUAUUUGUCUUUUUAAAUAAUGCAGGCAAGUUUUUUUCACUUUCUCCUCUCGAUACCUAGGUGGAGAUGUUUCUCCUGGCUUACGCCUUGCAACACACCAUCCAGGUCUAUCGACUCUAUAAGUACAACACAGAUGAAUUCAUCACUCUUUACCCCAACGACCCAGAAGAGGCCUGGCCAAUUGUAACCCUUAUAACUGAAGAUGACAGACAUUAUAAUAUUCCUGCUCGAGUGUGCGAAGAGACUAGUUUGUAAAAAAAACAAAAAACAAACAGGUGCGUAAAUGGAAUAAACAACUUAAAAACAAA